GGCGGCGGCGGGAGGAGAGAGGUGAGGUUCCGGCACGCGCCCCACUCGCUGCGAGAGCGCGAACAGCGCGCUCCCGUCGUCCGCGUCGCCAUCUUUUCCCCCUCCGUCCGUCUGUCUGCCGUUGGCUUUGUCUGUCCGCUGCGCCGCCCCUCGCCUCCCCGCCGCCGGCCCGGCCCGCAGCCACCCUCUGCCUGCCGGGGCCCGGUCCCAGGGAGCCCCGGCCCGGCUAGCCCGAGCUGUGGCCGGGGCCCAUUGUCCCGCGAUCUGUCCGUCCGGAGGCGGAGCCCAGGGACGCGGAGCGCCGAGGCUGCGGCUUCACAUCACUCGGAUUCGGGCGAGUUUACUUUGCUCCGUGGGAACCUCACCAGAGCUGGAGGUCUGCACCUUAUAAGGAGGUAGUGACCUGUCCAGGGGUGAAACUGGGAAAGAACUGAGCUUGUAUAUCAGGGAAACAUGUCCCGUAGGAAACAGACAAAUCCAAAUAAAGUUCACUGGGAUCAAGUAUUUGCUGGGCUAGAGGAACAAGCCCGACAGGCAAUGAUGAAAAGCGACUUUCCUGGAGACCUUGGCACUCAGCGACAAGCUAUCCAACAACUGAGAGAUCAGGACUCCAGUAGCAGUGAGUUCUGCACCUUCUGGUGACAGUGAAGGUGACGAAGAGGAGACCACACAAGAUGAAGUAUCUUCCCACACAUCAGAGGAAGAUGGUGGGGUAGUCAAAGUGGAAAAAGAAUUAGAAAAUGCAGAAGCACCUGUUGGUAGUGGAGAUGCACUAGUAGAACGUGAGGUCACAGAAAACCUAAAUUCUGACCCCUUACUUGAACUCUGCCAGUGUCCCCUCUGCCAGCUAGACUGUGGGAGUCGGGAGCAGCUGAUUGCACAUGUGUACCAGCAUACUGCAGCAGUGGUGAGUGCCAAGAGUUACAUGUGCCCUGUCUGUGGACGGGCCCUUAGCUCCCCAGGGUCUUUGGGUCGCCACCUCCUAAUCCACUCAGAAGAUCAGCGGUCUAACUGUGCUGUGUGUGGAGCCCGUUUUACUAGCCAUGCCACUUUUAACAGUGAGAAACUUCCUGAAGUACUUAAUAUGGAAUCCGUGCCCCAAGUCCACAGUGAGGGUCCCUCCAGUGCUGAAGGAAAGGACAUUGCCUGUAGUCCUCCAGUAUACCCUGCUGGAAUUCUGCUUGUAUGCAACAACUGUGCUGCUUACCGCAAGCUACUGGAAACACAGACUCCCAGUGUACGCAAGUGGGCCCUUCGUCGACAGAAUGAACCUUUGGAAGUAAGGUUGCAACGACUUGAACGAGAACGCACAGCCAAGAAGAGUCGGCGAGACAAUGAGACCCCAGAGGAGCGGGAGGUAAGACGCAUGAGGGAUCGUGAAGCCAAGCGCCUGCAGCGCAUGCAAGAGACAGAUGAGCAGCGAGCUCGCAGGCUACAGCGAGACCGUGAGGCCAUGAGGCUGAAGCGGGCCAAUGAGACCCCAGAGAAGCGGCAGGCCCGACUCAUUCGAGAGCGAGAGGCUAAGAGGCUCAAGAGGAGACUGGAGAAAAUGGACAUGAUGUUGCGAGCGCAGUUUGGUCAGGACCCUUCUGCCAUGGCAGCCUUAGCAGCUGAAAUGAACUUCUUCCAGUUGCCCGUGGGUGGGGUAGAGUUGGACAGCCAGCUUCUAGGGAAAAUGGCCUUCGAAGAACAGAACAGCAGCUCUCUGCACUGAACCACACCCUCUUGCCUGACCUCCCAUCCACUCCAGCCCACAGGGAUUGGUGCUGCAAUCACUCAGGAGGCCACAGUCCUUGCUGCCACAGGCGGGUCCAGGUUGGUUGCAGGGAAACCUGUGCACCCUCUGCGUUUGGGAACAGGAUGGGGGUCAGGAGGGACCGGGCUCAAUGCAGCUCUGGACAAGGGAGCAGGCACUCCAGAAACCUGGACUCGAGCCUACAGUGGCAGGCCAGGAUUAUGGGACUGUAGGACCCAGUAUGCUUCAUGAAGCUGUGAGGGCAAAUAAAUUAAUUUUAUCUUUACUGGC